UUUGGAAUCGUGGAGAAUUCACAAUCCUUCCACAAUGGGAGAAAGGACAGAUUGCACGAAGUCACACGUUUCCCUGGCUGAAUACAGCCCCGUCGAUAAAUCCGACAGGACAGAUCCAAGCGAAACGCAGGAUGGAAACCAAAAUACAUUGCAACUGAAGAAAGAAAUAUCUCUGAUAAAUGGGAUAAGCCUUAUAGUAGGCAACAUGAUUGGUUCAGGUAUCUUUGUGUCUCCCAAAGGAGUCCUCAUCUACAGCAAAUCUUAUGGAUUGUCUCUAGUAAUUUGGGCAAUUGGAGGGAUUUUUUCAGUCUUCGGAGCUCUCUGCUAUGCUGAACUUGGAACCACUAUUACAAAGUCAGGAGCCAGCUAUGCAUAUAUCUUGGAGUCCUUUGGGAGCUUCAUUGCAUUUAUUCGUUUGUGGACCUCACUCCUAAUUGUUGAGCCAACGAGUCAGGCAAUUAUUGCUAUCACCUUUGCUAACUACAUAGUUCAGCCUUUCUUCCCUUCCUGUGAUCCUCCGUAUUUGGCUUGUCGUCUCAUAGCAGCUGCUUGUGAAUGUAUUCUAACAUUUAUAAAUUGUGCCUACGUUAAAUGGGGAACACGUGUGCAGGAUGUGUUUACUUACGCUAAAGUUAUUGCUCUUAUUGUCAUCAUCAUAACUGGGAUUGUUAAAAUAUGCCAGGGACAUUCAUCGCACUUUGAGAACUCAUUUGAGGGAUCCUCUUUUGAUAUUGGAGACAUCUCUCUUGCACUGUAUUCUGCCUUGUUCUCUUACUCUGGUUGGGAUACACUCAAUUUUGUAACAGAAGAGAUCAAAAACCCAGAAAGGAAUUUGCCACUGGCUAUUGCAGUGUCUAUGCCAAUUGUGACUGUUAUCUACAUUCUGACCAAUGUAGCUUAUUAUACAGUGCUGGAUGUCCAAGCUGUUCUUUCUAGUGAUGCUGUGGCAGUGACAUUUGCUGACCAAGUAUUUGGUGUCAUGAGCUGGACAAUUCCCAUUGCUGUAGCCUUUUCUUGUUUUGGUGGACUUAAUGCUUCAAUUCUAGCAUCAUCAAGGCUAUUUUUUGUAGGAUCUCGGGAAGGCCACCUUCCUGAUCUGUUGUCCAUGAUCCACAUAGGGAGGUUCACACCUGUGCCAGCAUUGCUCUUCAAUUGUGUUAUGACCCUUGUUUACUUGGCUGUGGAAGAUGUCUUCAAGCUUAUUAAUUACUUCAGUUUUAGUUACUGGUUUUUUGUUGGUCUGUCUAUUGCUGGACAAUUAUAUCUACGUUGGAAGGAACCAGAUCGCCCCAGGCCUCUUAAGCUGAGCCUGGCUUUCCCCAUAAUAUUCUGUAUAUGCACAGUGUUUCUGGUGGUAGUGCCACUCUAUAGUGACACUAUAAAUUCAUUGAUUGGAAUUGCCAUUGCUUUAUCUGGAAUUCCAGUCUUCUUCUUGGGAGUCUAUUUGCCUGCAUCAAGGAGACCUCAAUUUAUUAACAAGAUUUUAGGUGCAGUCACACGGAACAUGCAGCUACUCUGUUACUGUGUUUUAACAGAGAUGGACACAAAUGAAGAAAAGAAGUCAGAAAUCAAAUCCAACUAAAAUUUAAAGCCAUUACAAGAAGCAGGAGGGAGGAAAAAGCAAUUAUAACAACAAAAGGGAAGAGCUGGAACUGGAAAAAAUGGG